CCCCGCGGCGCCGCACGAUGCAAGCAGGGAAGGGAGACGGGAAGAGGCGGGACGCCGCCCGGCCCCUGCAGCUCACCAUGAAGAGGGGCUACGAGGUGCUCCGCGACCCCCACCUCAACAAGGGUAUGGCUUUUACCUUGGAGGAGAGGCAACAAUUGAAUAUUCAUGGAUUAUUGCCACCUUGCUUUCUUGGUCAAGAUGCUCAGGUUUAUACAAUUCUAAAGAAUUUUGAAAGGCUGACAUGUGACCUAGACAGAUACAUGCUGCUAAUGAGUCUCCAGGAUCGAAAUGAAAAGCUUUUCUAUAAAGUGCUGGCUUCUGACAUUGAAAGGUUCAUGCCUAUUGUUUAUACGCCCACCGUGGGACUAGCUUGCCAACAAUAUGGCUUAGCAUUCCGGAGGCCAAGAGGUCUUUUUAUUUCUAUCCAUGACCGGGGUCACAUUGCUACAAUGCUUAAAUCCUGGCCAGAAAGCGUCAUCAAGGCUAUUGUGGUCACUGACGGUGAACGUAUUCUUGGGCUUGGAGACCUUGGCUGUUAUGGAAUGGGCAUUCCUGUUGGUAAACUGGCACUUUAUACGGCAUGUGGAGGAGUAAAACCUCAUGAGUGUCUACCAGUGAUGUUGGAUGUGGGAACAGAUAAUGAGACAUUGCUGAAAGAUCCUUUGUAUAUUGGGCUGAGACACAAGAGAAUUAGAGGUCAAGACUAUGAUGAUCUUCUUGAUGAAUUCAUGGAAGCUGUGACUACAAGAUAUGGCAUGAACUGCCUCAUUCAGUUUGAGGAUUUUGCUAAUGCCAAUGCAUUCCGCCUCCUGCAUAAGUACCGUAACAGGUAUUGCACUUUCAAUGAUGACAUUCAAGGGACUGCAUCUGUUGCUGUUGCAGGUCUUCUUGCAGCUCUGCGCAUCACCAAGAACAGAUUAUCAGAUCACACAGUGUUGUUCCAGGGAGCUGGAGAGGCUGCACUGGGGAUAGCAAACCUUGUUGUUAUGGCUAUGGAAAAAGAAGGGCUAUCCAAAGAUGCAGCUACCAAAAGAAUAUGGUUGGUUGACUCGAAGGGAUUAGUUGUAAAGGGGCGUGCCUCAUUAACACAUGAGAAACAGCGUUUUGCCCACGAACAUGGUGAAAUGAAAAAUCUAGAAGAUAUUGUUAAAGAUAUAAAACCGACUGUGCUAAUAGGAGUUGCUGCAGUUGGUGGUGCUUUUACUACACAGAUUCUUCAGGAUAUGGCUGCUCUAAACAAACAUCCUAUAAUUUUUGCUCUCAGCAAUCCCACCAGCAAAGCAGAAUGUACUGCUGAGCAGUGCUACAAAUACACAGAGGGACGUGGGAUUUUUGCUAGUGGAAGUCCUUUUGAUCCUGUCACUCUUCCAAGUGGACAAACUCUCUAUCCUGGACAGGGUAACAAUUCCUAUGUGUUCCCAGGAGUUGCCCUUGGUGUUAUUUCAUGUGGAAUGAGACAUAUUGACGAGGAGGUAUUCCUCACGACUGCUGAGGUUAUAGCGCAGCAAGUUACAGAAGAGAAUUUGAAGGAAGGUCGUCUCUACCCUCCAUUAGUCACCAUUCAGGACGUGUCACUGAAAAUUGCUGUGAGGAUCGCAGAAGAAGCCUACAGGAACAACACUGCCUCCAUCUAUCCUCAGCCCAAGGACCUCGAAGCCUUCAUCCGCUCUCAGGUGUACAGUACUGAUUACAACAGCUUUGUGGCUGACUCCUACACCUGGCCCGAGGAGGCCAUGAAAGUGAAACUGUAAAUAUUUAAUGAAGAAUGAACAAACCAGCUGCAGUUAAAAAGCAUUAAAAUAUUAAGGUUGUUUCUGCCUAGAAAGCCUAAGAAUAGCUAAUUUUUUAAGAUGCAGAAAACUUUUUCUAAUUCAUAGUAGUUGGUUAGAAACUCACAUCAAGAAAUCGACAAUUAUACAUCAGAAAAUAAAAUUUAAUCUGAGAAGUA